AUGAAUAAAAAUGGAUUUGUUUAUGUUUCUGAUACUGAAAAGAAUGAAGUAAGACAAUGGAAAGAAGGAAAUCAAAAUGGAAGAAUAAUUGCUGGUGGCAAUGGUCAAGGAAAUUGUCUCGAACAAUUGUCUUCACCUACAGGAGUGAUUGUUGAUCGUUUGGAUCAAAUCUAUGUGGCAGACUCGAUGAAUAAUCGAGUAAUGCGUUGGUGUGAAGGAAAUGUACAAGGUGAAAUUGUUGUUGGUGGAAAUGGAAGUGGAAAGGAAUCAAAUCAAUUCAAUGGUCCUACUGGUUUAUCAUUCGAUAUUGAUGGAAAUCUUUAUGGUAGUGAUUGGCAAAAUCAUCGAGUUCAAAAGUUUUUAAUUGAUGUCUAA